AUGUCCAAGGCAGUCAAGUCAACGGAGAGAUACUUCACGGCUUCCGAGGUUGAACUGCACAACUCUUCCGACGACCUGUGGGUGUCGUGGCUGGGGAAGGUAUACGACCUGACGCCGCUGGCUAUCCACAACAAAUCGGACCCGCUCUUGGGGCCGAUCCUCAAGUUCGCCGGCAAGGACGUUUCUCACUGGUUCGACCCACAGACCGAAGAUUUGAAGACGCAUGUCAACCCGCUCACAGGCUGCGUUUGUUAUUACACGCCGUGGGGGCGAUUUUUGGACGUGCCUCCGGCCCUCCCCCGCUCGGAUUGGCGAUCGGAGCCAACGAUACCCUGGUGGAUCGACAAGGAAAAGUACUUUGUCGGCAAGCUAAGCGCCAAGACCCGAAAGAUCAGAAUCGUCAACAUGCUGACCAAAGACGAGCACAUCCUGGAGGUGUGCUCGGAAGAAAAAAUGAAUGCCAUCCAGGAGCGCUACAUGGCAUUCAAUGCACAUGCAAAGGGAUAUAUGUGGAAGCGCCUCGGGAUUCUGUUGGAUAUGACUCUGACGCUUGAGCAGAACGGCAUCCGAGACGAGAGCCUGGAUUUCGAAAGAACAGGCAUCACUGAAGACGAGUGGCUGCCAGUGAUCCAUCUGUAUUUCAGGUAUGCCAGGUACAGGGCUGGUGUCGAGAGCUACGAGCUUGCCGUCUAUGAUUCGGAUGCUAUUCCAACAUAG